AUGCGCGGCGUGGUCGGUUCUUCGCCACACAUCGCUGGAAAGGCCACUUCUGAGCGGCUGAGGCAAGUCCUCGUGGCCACUUCUGAGCGGCUGAGGCAAGUCCUCGUGGCCACUUCUGAGCGGCUGAGGCAAGUCCUCGUGGCCACUUCUGAGCGGCUGAGGCAAGUCCUCGUGUGCGUGCAGCGGCUGGGCGCCAGGCGCGGCACCGGAACGCCAAAAAACUACUAUGUCUUCGAGUGA